GCGAAGGGGCGCGCGCUGCCCGCGCUCUGCGGCCCCGGGGACAGGAGUCGCGGUUGUGUUCCGUUGAGGUACACUCUUGUGGCGUGCAUUCUCGAUUCUUCAUGCAGUCAUGGAUCUGGACAAACCGUCUGUCUGGGGUUCAUUAAAACAGCGGACCAGGCCAUUGUUGAUCAACUUGAGCAAGAAGAAGGCUAAGAAGACAUCGAACAAGCCCUUGGAUUUAAGGGUGCAGCAUCACCUGGACCGGCGCCUCAGUCUCUCUGUGCCAGAUUUCCUGGAGGCCGAGGCGCUGGCUCCAGAAGGUCGGCCUUUCUCGGGGCCUCAGUCGUCCUACACCUCAGUGCCCAACAGCCUGUCCACUGCGGGCGUUGUUCCCAAGAGCAGCAGCAGCUCCCUGAAGCAGUCCGAAGAAGAGGUGGACUGGAGCCAGGAGGAAGCAAGCCACCUCCAUGGGAUGGACACAGACUCAGAGGAGGUCCACUCCUCUCCAGCAGCAGAGAGACGGGCCUCCAGCCAGGGCAUCUUGGAUCUGCAGAAACUUCCCAGUGGAGGGGAUGCACUGGAGGAGCCAGAGAACAUCUGUGGUAAUGGUGACCUGAAUGCCUCUACGACAGCUCAACAUCCUGAAGAGCAAUCUACACUCAGGGAAGCUGGCGAUGGCCUGAGUCACCUCCCCAGCCCCUUCGCAUACCUCCUCACCAUACACCUGAAGGAAGGCCGCAACCUGGUUAUCCGAGAUCGCUGUGGCACGAGUGAUCCAUAUGUGAAAUUUAAGCUGAAUGGGAAGACUCUGUACAAAAGUAAAGUGAUAUAUAAGAACUUGAACCCUGUUUGGGAUGAGAUAGUUGUGUUGCCAAUACAAAGCCUUGACCAAAAGCUCCGUGUAAAGGUAUAUGACCGAGAUUUAACCACUUCUGAUUUCAUGGGUUCUGCAUUUGUCACUCUCAGGGAUCUUGAACUCAACAGGACAACGGAACAUGUUUUAAAAUUAGAAGAUCCAAACAGUUUAGAAGAGGACAUGGGUGUGAUUGUGUUAAACUUGAACCUAGUUGUAAAGCAAGGUGAUUUCAAGAGGCAUCGGUGGUCAAAUCGGAAGCGGUUAAGUACCAGCAAGUCCUCUUUGAUACGCAACCUACGGCUUUCAGAGUCACUGAGAAAGAACCAACUCUGGAAUGGGAUUAUAAGUAUAACUUUGUUGGAAGGGAAGAAUGUCUCAGGAGGAAAUAUGACAGAGAUAUUUGUCCAGUUAAAACUUGGAGAUCAGAGGUACAAAAGUAAGACACUGUGUAAGAGUGCAAACCCGCAGUGGCAGGAACAGUUUGACUUUCACUACUUCUCUGACAGGAUGGGCAUUUUGGACAUUGAAGUAUGGGGAAAGGACAGCAAAAAACACGAGGAGCGUCUGGGCACGUGUAAAGUAGAUAUCUCUGCCCUCCCACUGAAGCAAGCCAACUGCUUAGAGCUGCCUUUGGAGAACUGCCUGGGGGCUCUCCUUAUGUUGAUCACACUGACGCCCUGUGCAGGCGUCUCCAUCUCCGAUCUGUGUGUCUGCCCCUUCGAGGACCCCAAUGAAAGAAAACAGAUUUCCCAGCGAUAUUGCUUCCAAAACUCCCUGAAAGACAUGAAGGAUGUUGGCAUUUUACAAGUGAAGGUUUUAAAGGCAGCUGACCUCUUAGCAGCAGAUUUCUCAGGUUUUGUCAUCCCUGAAACAUAUCUAGGCUUCUCAGGGAAGAGUGAUCCUUUCUGCUUGCUGGAGUUGGGCAAUGACCGACUUCAGACCCAUACCAUUUACAAAAACCUCAACCCCGAGUGGAACAAAGUUUUUACAUUUCCCAUUAAAGACAUCCAUGAUGUUUUGGAAGUGACAGUGUUUGAUGAAGAUGGAGAUAAACCUCCUGACUUUCUCGGAAAAGUUGCCAUUCCCUUGCUGUCUAUCAGAGAUGGACAGCCAAAUUGUUAUGUAUUGAAGAAUAAAGAUUUAGAACAUGCUUUUAAAGGAGUUAUUUACUUAGAAAUGGACCUCAUAUAUAAUCCGGUCAAGGCAAGCAUCAGGACAUUUACACCCAGAGAAAAGCGCUUUGUGGAAGACAGCCGCAAGCUGUCCAAAAAGAUCUUAUCAAGAGAUGUAGACCGGGUGAAAAGACUCACUGUGGCAAUAUGGAAUACAAUUCAGUUCCUACAAAGCUGCUUCAGGUGGGAGUCCACAUUAAGAAGUACUAUAGCCUUUGUGGUAUUUCUAGUCACUGUCUGGAAUUUUGAACUCUACAUGAUUCCCCUAGCAUUGUUGCUGGUGUUUGUCUACAAUUUCCUCAGUCCUGUGAAAGGCAAGGCUGGCAGCACCCAGGACAGCCAGGAGAGCACAGACAUAGAAGAGGAGGAAGAGGAAGAUGACAAGGAAUCUGAGAAAAAGGGGUUAAUUGAGAGAAUCUAUAUGGUACAGGAUAUUGUUUCCACUGUCCAAAACAUCUUGCAGGAAAUUGCUUCUUUUGGAGAAAGGAUUAAAAACACAUUUAACUGGACAGUCCCAUUCCUUUCCCUACUGGCCUGCUUACUGCUGCUCAUUGCCACUAUCGCUUUGUAUUUGGUUCCUUUGCGGUACAUCAUUUUAAUCUGGGGCAUAAAUAAGUUUACUAAGAAGCUUCGCAAUCCCUAUUCAAUUGACAAUAAUGAGCUGCUGGACUUCCUCUCCAGGGUACCAUCAGACAUUCAAAAGGUGCAAUACACAGAGCUGAAGCUGUGCGGCAGCCACAGCCCCCUUCGGAAGAAGCGCAGCACUCUCUAAGGGGGAAAGCUGACUGCAAACUCACAGACUUUAGUACAGGACAGUGUGUGUGUGUGUGUGUGUGUGUGUGUGUGUGUGUGUGACUGAUCACACCACUCUCAUGGCUGCUGGAGAGGUUACGAGGUGUCCUGAUGUGCCUGCCAUGUGCUACCACAUCUGUAUUCUCCCCUUCUUCAUGUGCACAGAUGCACACUUGUCUGCACGCAUGGGUGUCCUACAUGUCUACACUGUCAACCAUCAUAAAGCACCAAGCCUGAAACUGUGAGAUUCCCCCUCCCCUAUCCAUUCCCCAACAGGACAUGAAGCAAGGCUUUGGUGUGGAUGAACACCAUCUUUGGAAACUGCCAGGAGACCAUUUGAUUUUAGGAUGACUCUGAAUGGCCUAUAAUGACUUCAACAGAUUCUCAUUAAGAUUCAUUUAUUUUCCACUGUUCCUGGUGGUACAAACAUGAAAUCCCAGCACUAGAGAGGCUGAGACAGGCAGAUUAUGAGCUUGAGACAAACCUGGGCAUCAUAGCAUAGCCUCACAUACAUGCUGAUGUCCUGUCUCAAAAACAAAUAAGACUGAGUUAUUUUCCACUUUCCAUCCCCACAUUCCUUCAUAUUAUUGGCCACAUAAGCGUCUAAGUCUUAAGCAGCAACCAUCUAUAAAGAUGAUGUUUAUUAUAAAAAGAACUGUCAUAGAUUUCCAGAAAUAGCCAGACAUUUUAGAAAUCUUUCAGCUGUGUUUCCAAAUGAUAAGCCUGAAAAUUUUUGAUGACCCUUUGGUAUUGGAUGUCAGCUGACAUCCAGGCUUAUUGCUGACAAUGACUGUCCCAAGAUGUCACCAGGGUCUCUUAUUUGUAAGUAGAAGUGUUCCAUGAGAGAAUUCUGUUGCUCUAAAAUCUUACUUUUCUGUGAUUUUACUUUUUGUUACCAAAACAAAAUGAAAAUAUAUAGUCUCAGAAAGGCCAUGCCAAGGCAGAUGAAUGAGUGAAUUCUAAGAGUAUUUUAAUGGUAAGAAUAUGAAAGAACUAAGAAGUGAGGUGGUUUACCAAAAUAUCAUGAUCAUUUUUAUUGCUAAAAUGUUGUGAAAAGACAGUAAAGAUGUUCUGGUUGUCCAAGUGUUUCUUUUGUGUUUCUUAAGGGCAGAAUAGGCACUUAGACAAUAAAAACUUAUUUCAGAUCCCA